AUGGAAUCUUCUUCAGCUUCGAAUGAUGCGGUCAACUUCUUGGGGCUAAAAGAGGAGUCAAUGGUGGACCCUUUCUUGGUCGAGGCUCUCCAGAAUCCUCGCCACCGUCUCACCAUUUUGCGAAUGGAACUUGAUAUCCAGAGGUUUCUGCAUAAUCCUGAUGAGCAGCUAUUUGAGUUCCAACAUUUCCCUACCUCCUACCUUCGACUUGCUGCACACCGUGUUUCUCAGCACUAUGGUUUGCAGACUAUGGUUCAGGAUAGUGGCUCAGAUGGACAAGGAAAUAGGAUUUUGGUGAGGAAAACAGCAGAAAGAAAAUACCCAGCAAUUCAGCUAUCUGAAAUACCUGUUAAGCAGUCAGAAAACAAUAAACCUGAGCAGAUUAAAACUGUCAUCAAGCCUAGGUCUAAUAAAAAUAAUAUGAAUGAAACUCAUGGAGCUGGGAUCAAACGAAGUCCUGUGAGAAGUGUAGAAGAGAGGAAGGAGGAGUACAAUAGGGCAAGGGCUCGCAUAUUUAGCAGUCCUAGCAGUUCUGACUCUGGUGAUACAACAUAUCAGGUCCCACCGGAUGUGACAAAAGCAUCUUUGAGCAGGGAUGAGAAUGAAAAUUCCAGGAACUCUAUGAUUGAUCCAGAAAAGAAUGUAACCAUAAAGGAACUUGGUACUUCAUCUCGAGUUGCCAUUUUCAGAGAUAGGGAGAAAGACCGUACUGAUCCAGAUUAUGAUAGAAGUUAUGAGAGGUAUGUUAGGAGUCUUCCUACCAAUCAAAGAUUUAACUUGGCACCUGUCAAUAUGCAAAAGCUUCAACCCCAGUUUGUGCAGUAUGAUACUGUUUUCUCUCAGAUGCCAAGGGCUCAAGCUUCAAUUAGUUAUGGGCCUCCUUCAAGCCCAGCUAUGAGCCCCUUUUGUGCCAUGGGAUUCAAUCAGACAUAUAGGGAUGCUACAUACAUGCAGUGGCCAAGUGCUGCAAUGAUGUAUUCACAUUCGUAUGAUCAGUUCAGACAAGCUGUUAUCCAGUUUAUAAUCGACUCUUUCAAUGUUGUCACUUUCCUACAGAAGAAAUUUCAGGACCAAACUUUUGCUGGAGAGGUCUCCAGUAUGAAAACCUUAAUUGCCUAG